AUAUUGACUUUUGCGCACAUCACCACAUUCAAUCGAGCUAAAGAUGGCAGGCAUAUCUGACGACGAGGGCGACUCGCGCACUGCUUCGGUUGGUCAAGCGCGAUCGCAGGGUCCCACCAACUCUGGAAAGAAAAGGUCACAAAAGUCCCACAAAACGUCAAAGAAGGAUUUGCAGGACCUUGUGCCCCAAGGAGCGAAAUUUAGUACCACUCCGCUGCAAGUAGAUCCAGAUUCUACCUCCUCAUCUGGACCAGACUCUUCGAACAGUGACGGCGAACCUGAUCAGAACAUGAACAAGCGACGAAAGACAAAUGCGCCUGCAAUCAAUUGGAAUCAAGCAAGCCGUAGUGCCAUACGCACUACUCUUGGAGCGAAGCCUACAGCCGCAGUUGCUAAAAUCCAACAAGCGAAGUCGGCUUUUAAUGCGGUGAACGAUAAAUACUUUCGGAGUCGUAGCGCGUCUAUAUCGGAUGGGGAAGCAGCAAACAAAUGCGAUACUCGCGCAAAUGAAAACAGCACCGAGGCUGAGGAGGAACCAAAAACAUACUUUGUUGACGACUCCGAUGCCUCGGACUCAGAAGACGUUUCGGAGGGAGACGACUCUAUGAUGCUGAAUAUCAAACAACGGAGUAACGGCCAUGGCCUGGACGGAGCCCAGGAUGAUGUGAUCAAUCUGUCCACUCCUCCUUUCGUCGUCGAUAUCUCCCCGAAUCUUCAUCCACCCCAACUUGAUCAGCAAGAGACACAAGAGGACAGCAGUUUUAUAUCAGAACCUUCCAUCACACAGCUUCCACCGCAGUCAAAAGCGGAGGCAUUCUCCGAGUUUGCCGCAAGCUAUAAGACAUCUCCAGCUAUUCUUGCAGACCUGAAAGUCAAAGAUCUCGAGAUACAGGCUCGCUUCUUCUUUUAUAAUUCUAACAUCAAUGAACUCGAUUUAACGAGGCCUAUUUCGUGUACCGAGUGCUUACAGGAGGGGCAUCUUGCUGCCGUGUGUCCCAGUAAAGAGUGUGAGAACUGUGGCGCUUGGAAUCUACACGAAGAUCGGCUAUGUCCAUCUGUACGACGAUGUCAACGGUGCCGAGAAAUCGGUCACGAUUCCCAUACUUGCCUGUCUAGUCUAAAAGCCUCAGCUGCCGAGACACCAUGCGAUUAUUGCGGCUCUGAUACUCACGCUGAGUUUGACUGCGAUAAACUGUGGAAAUUCCCAAGAAUACAACCCCUGGACGGCCCAAUCAAAGUCUCAAUAUCAUGCAGCUACUGCACCAACAAGAACCAUCUGUUUGGUGAUUGUCCCCUCAAAAAAGUACCAACAACAUCUAGUACAUUUUCAUUGAAAGAUUAUACACCAUCCGUGAUUACAAACCUCAAUUCCGUGAUCGGACCCAAGAAGGCAGAUGACCUAGGAAUGAGCAUCCGCGGCCGAGCUGCGAAUUCCCAAAAUACAUUACUACCAAAUGACGAGGAUACGCUGGUGCUCCAUGGUAAAAGAUCGCAACCGAAUCCCCGCGGCGGUCGAGGGAAGAUUACUUUCAGAGGAGGCCUAGGCCAGAACAGAGGCUUGUAUGGAGAGCAGCCUCCUCCGCCACCACCAGGUCUGCCUCCUUUACCUCGUGAACCACCGCCUCCGUUUCAACCUAGGGAUUAUCGGGAUCGAGAUGACGGCUUUAAUAGACAGCGAAGGCGCUCUCGUUCACCUGCAUCUAGUCAUAGACCCCAGCCAGGAAGUUACUCGAGAGAAAGUUCGGGCCCUCGAGGACGCGGUGGCAGAGGUCGGGGUCGUGGUAGAGGAAGUGACCAGUACCGUCCAGGCCGGCGAUAG